AUGGCUAGGAUGCUAAGCAUGUCGGAUGGCAAUGACCGUGGAAGCAAUUCUCUGUCUUCUCCAUUCUCGGGAAUACCUUCCAUGCUUUUCGUGGCUGCCGCGGUAAUCUCUAUCAUGGCUAUGGUCGUCUUCAAUUGUGGCCGGCGCCCAAAGAGGCCUAAGCCAAGCAACAACGUCGUGUAUUAUGGUAGCGGGGGCGUUCCAAGAACAGGAGGCACCAGCAGUGGUGUUCAAACAAAGAGAAGUAGUGCAGGAGUCGGGCUUGCUGUUGGUGCCGCCGUUGCUGUCCUAGCCGCUGUUAGCGGCGGCGGCGGCGGUGCUAGUGGUGGAGGUUGUGGCGGUGGUGGCGGUGGCGGCGGCGGCGGCGGCGGUUGCGGUGGUGGUGGUUAG